AUGGCCUACCAAGAUACGACUGCACUUGCCACUGCAACCUCCAGCUUUGGGGUGGCCAAGAUAUUGCCACUUAUAAUGGCAAUUACAUGGCAAUGCCUGUGUUAUGAUGUGAAUUUACUGUCCCCUGAGCGUGACCAUGUUCGCGUGGGCCAACAAUGGCACCCGACCAUAGAUGUUGCAGAGUUGGAAGACUGCUGCUGCGUCGCCGAAGAUGAAGUCGACGGUGACGAUGUUGCAUUCCCGGUAGAACUGGCGGGAGGAGUAAACACUGAGAGCGUCUUGGUAUCCCUGGAAGCUGCACUGCUGACUUCGCCGCCAGUGACGCAUGCCGGCUCACCAGGAACAAGUUCUGCAAGUCGGUUCUUCUGCUCAAUCAAUCCCUCGGCUACUCAGCAAGGGUCUCCGACCUCAUCCGGCGAGUUAUUAUUGGAAAAAGCCACGCCAGAAUCCGGCGCAUGGCUGGGGGCUCUCGAGAACUGCCUCCUCCUUUCCCAACUCAACACAAUGUACUUGAAUUCUACGUUUGCCACCCUCAACGCCGUUAAUAAAUCUGCAGAGCUAGCUAUCGAAAAGGCCGACGACGUUCACACCCUUCUGAGCGCCAUCGUCACCACCCAAGAGACGUGCCACGACGGGUUGCAGACAGCAUCCUGGCUGCAAGAAAGAGACGCCCUCCAACAGUUGGUCGCCAAUGAGUCCCCGUUCUAUCGAGCCUCCCUCGCCAUGUUUCCCCCGAAGGACCCCAGAAAGCGUGAACUCGGUCGGGAUCUACUACAGGAGUUGAAGGUGAGGCGAGACGGCCUGCCUCAUUGGGUUAAUGACAAGAAAUUCUUCCAAGUUGGUUCGGGUUCGGGUGUGAGGUCGGGGGAGGAGCUGUUUGAUGUACGCGGAUUGCUGAUGCAUGGGAAAGUGGUGGUCGCUCAGAACGGGAGCGGCAACUUCCGGUCGAUCAACGACGCCAUAGCCGCUGCUCCUGAGGAUUUGCAUCCGAGCGACGGCUACCAUGUGAUUAAGAUCAAGGCAGGUGUUUAUGAAGAAAAUAUAUGCAUAGGGUCGAGCAAGAGAAAUAUUAUGAUGGUUGGAGAUGGAAUUCAGAAGACCAUCAUCACAGGGAGACGGAGUGUGGCAGGUGGCGCCAGCACCUACAACUCGUCCACACUUAUUGUAUUGGGAGAGAACUUCGUAGCCAUAGGCAUAACUAUCCGGAACACGGCCGGACCUGCCAUGGGCCAGGCGGUGGCCUUCUUGAACGGCAGCGACAAGUCUGUCUUACACCAGUGCAGCAUCGAGGGAUACCAGGAUACUCUCUACGUUUACUCCUUCCGCCAGUUCUACCGGGAAUGCAACAUCUUCGGCACCGUCAACUUCAUCUUCGGCGACGCAGCAGCAGUCUUCCAACUCUGCAACAUCUAUGCGCGGGUGCCAUUGUCGGGCCAGGAGAACAUGGUGACGGCUCAGGGGAGAGUAAAUCCCUAUAAGCAAACAGGCAUUGCCAUUAUACAUAGCAACAUCUUGGCCACCCCAAAGGUGGAGGUUGCAGCGGCCCGCGGCGAGGAGCAGUCGUAUCUUGGUAGGCCAUGGAAGGAGUACUCGAGGACGGUGAUCAUGCUCUCUAACAUUCGCGGCUUCAUCAACCCUGCUGGUUGGUCAGCUUGGUCUGGUGAUUUUGCGCUGAGCACUUUAUACUACGGGGAGUACGGGAACAGGGGCGCAGGUGCAAGUACCAGGAACAGGGUAAAGUGGCUUGAGUACCAUCUGAUGACCAUAGAUGAUGCCAGGAAUUUUACUGCAGGUAGUUUUAUCGAUGGAAGUACGUGGUUGCCGGCUACAAAAGUGCCCUUCUCAUUAGGAUUGCUUUAA